AACCACCACCUGACCUAACUAUUUUUCUUUCUUUUCCUUUUCCUCUCAUUCGAAGGAACCCCCAUACUCCAUAGUCAAAUCAAACCCCCAAAACCCAAAACCUCACACCAAAUUUCAUUUUCACCCAUGGCUUGGGUACCAAGAUUCAACGCAAGUCGUAUAUGGCUACCUGCAUUUCUCUUCUCUCUUUGCAUCCUCUUCUUCACUCCCACUAUCCCUCGCUCCCACAACCACCACCAUUUCGUUGACAUGCGCAAUCUUCUCGGAGUUCCCAACACCAUCAAUGUCAUCACAAAUUUCCCUUUCUUAAUUGUUGGUGUUCUGGGCUUUGUUCUAGCCCUCGAUGGAGCUGUCUUCUACAUAAGUUCUCAAGGAGAAGUCUAUGCUUGGGUAGUAUUCUAUGCUGGAAUAGUAGGCGUGGCUUUUGGUUCUGCUUAUUACCAUUUGAAGCCUGACAACCACCGUGUGUUGUGGGACACUUUACCGGUUGGUAUUGCAGACCAAAUGAUGGUGGCAUUUUCUUCGCUUUUUUCCGCAUUGGUUGUUGAGAGAUUCGGCCAGAGGAUCGGGUUGUUCUGCCUGUUUGCACUCAUUUUUGCUGCCGUUCUUUGUGUAGUUUAUGAACGAAAUUAUAAUGACAUUCGGUUCUGCAUGAUAUUCCAGUUGACUCUUCCUCUAGCUAUUCCAGUAAUAGCAUUUAUGUAUAGCUCCAAGUACACUCACUCAAGAUAUUGGUUUCUGGCUACAGGUAUUUAUCUGCUAGCAAAAUUUGAAGGCGCUACUGACAAGAAACUUUACCAUGCAAAUAACUACAUUAUCAGCGGGCAUUCUUUGGAACACUUAUGCUUAUCGUUGAUCCCAAUUGUGCUCAGCAUAAUGCUCAUCUACAGGGAAUCUAAGUUUCAAAGGUUAGUUGAUCUUAAAGAUCGACAUCAAAGAGGAGUGAAUGAUGAUUUUUCAACUGAGCUAUAUAUGGCUGAGACUUUACAGCACACUGAGCAAGUCAAAACAAACUAGAUGAAACUCUCUUCCAUAACUUUGAAAAACUAACAAUUUUAACUGUCUAGUAGUGUCAAAUUCCUUUGUUUUCUGUGAGAAAAGGAAUCAUAGUUGACACUUACCUGCAUUAAUUGUCGGCCAUAUGGAUGAUGGAUGGGAGAGCUCGUGCAUUCUACGACAUGAUAGAGGUCCUUAGGUGACAAACAAGUGUGUGUCUGACACGCGUUGUUUUUCUUUUUGUCGUUGAGAUCAUUGCCCUUGUCAGUCUUGGAACAGUUGAUUGUGAGGCAUUGGAGACUUUGUAUUCUAGUCUUAUUAUUAGAGUAAAUGUCUUUUCCGAUCCUUAACCAUUAUCCCGAAGUAAUUCGUCUAAGUGGCCGUGUGAACGGUGACCUACAGAUAUGUUAGGGACUGCUUAAUCCAAUAACAGGGGUGCGUAGACCAAUUACUUGGAUGGUUCGGGACCGGUUAGAGAUUUUCGAAUUGUGGAGAGGUGCUUUGUCUUUCGAACAAAUGGUUAGGGAUCGAAAAGGACAAUUACUCCUUAUUAUUAUUGGUCUCAUUUUUACUCAUUCGUUUUCUUGUUGGAAGUGAGAGAGUAACUAACAUAGAGAGAAGAACGAAGAUUUACUUGUAUGUUCUUAGAGUAUAUUUAAUGCGUAUUUGGGUACAAUUCAUUAGGAAAGAUGGCUGUAAAUGUUUCUGAUGC